CACCGAAUGGUUGACUCCCCACAUGAGCACGCUGAGCAGCGGGUCGCUGGCACGGAAGAGCUUCACUUUCUGGGCGACGAAGUGCUUUUUCUUCGUCUUCGUUUUGCUCGCAAUAGCUGCGGCAAUGCUGCUCGCCGAAGCCAUCUUUUAGCAAUCUGAGUUGGUUUUUGCAGAUCUGUGCGAUUAUCCUGACAGAGUGUGUCUCUCCCCUUGAAGCUGGCACAAGUGGCCACUAGCUCACGACUCAGAAAUACAAACACUUUUCAUUUCUCGCAAAUCAAAGUCAACGAAUUAUUUUCUACAUCAAACGUGCCUAACAGCUUAACACACGCUACGGCCCUAUACGAAAGAAACAGUAGGAGAAACUAGGAUGUGUUUAGGCUAAUACUGCUGCUCUCCUUCGCCCAACAGUAUGCUGCUUCCCUCAGCACACAUCAUAAGUCACCUCUCUUCCUUCCUUCACAAGCUAGUCCCCUGUGAUGUGAGCUGGCGUUAGCAUAGCCAAGAAGCUAGCAACGAUAGAUUCAGCAAUAUUAACAAACGAAUUAAACAGGAACACUUUACAGCCCCGUGACAAAUACACACAAAUAAUUAUUUAGCUUUAGAGUAGAGUAUUACAAUGACACCUUAAUGACGCUGAAUGACUAACUAAACGCUCUUGACUAUCCGCUAACGUUAGCUCCUCCGACCUUCGCUAGCAAGUAGCGAACUGACGGCAAAAAACACAACCAAACACCGUACACUAGUCUACUAGCAUUAGCCUACAAGCUAACCAGCAGCCAACUAGCCCUCCUGCUACCUGCCCGUGUCAGUCCGUGGAGAUGAAAGGGGUUUAUCCUGUCAUGCCUUUUCUCCGUUUGAAUUAAAACGCAGAGGAGCUGUUAUUUCGAGGUAAAAAUCACCGGGUGGUCGAGUGUGGGUCUGCAGCUUCUUGUGAGCUGCUGUCACUGACAGCUCGAGGAGGGAGGUGACAGCCUGCUGAGAUCUGCAGUGGCUGCGGCGCUGAUUCGCUGCAACCCUCCUCCACCGGACCUAUGCUACUUUUGUUGUGGUGUUUAAUCAAACCUGUAAGUGUUUUUAAUACCUAAAUAUGCAUGUACAUUUCAAAUAAAAAUCGCAACGUGCAUUAAUCAGAAAACCCCGUUUCGAUGUGAAAAUUGAGCAUUUUUGUGACGACUUUUCAUUUUCAGGUGGCCAUAUGGAUUUGAGAGUGCGUGCAGGGAUGCACGUGUCUGCAGCUCUUGUAAUAAUGAUAAUGCAUUAGCGGGGAAACCUGUACAUCAUCCCGACCAUCCCCCAUCCUUGGCUUGCUUUCGUUUAUAUUAAAUCUGAGGCACAUUUCAGGCAGAAGGGUGGUCAUGUCCCACACCACCAGAGGUCACAACAUGGGGAAGAAAGCAAAAAAGGAAGCUGAAACUCCAUGCAAGGAACCGUUUGAGCCACUACCUGUUGAAGGAAAAACUCCAGAAACAGUGGUGUUGCUGCUGAGCUCCCAGGAGGAGGAUAUCCUAGUCAAAGCCUGUGAAGCAAUACACACAUUUGCAGAGAAAGGAGAUGAUAACAAAGUCUCUCUGCUGGGACUCGGGGCAUUAGAGCCUCUCUGUAAGCUCAUCAGCAACAACAACAGGCUGGUCAGACGCAACGCUUUCAUGGCCUUAGGCAUCAUGGCCACCAACGGUGAGGUAAAGAGUGUUCUGAAGAAAAAAGAUGUCAUUCCAUCAAUCAUUGACAAACUGUCACUUGAAGAAGAUACAGUGGUCCAUGAGUUUGCGACACUGUGCCUGGCCUCUCUGUCGGUGGAUUUCGUCUGUAAGGUCCAGAUCUUUGACAACAAGGGCCUGCCACCUCUGAUCCAGCUCCUCUCCAGCCCAGACCCGGAUGUGAAGAACAACUCGCUUGAAAUCAUUUUUAACUUAGUUCAGGAUCACAAAAGUCGACUGGCAGUCCACGAGUCGGGCGGGAUCCCUCCACUUCUGGAACUGUUAAAGUCCGACUUCCCUGCCAUUCAGCAUUUGGCUUUAAAGACGCUGCAGAAUGUCACCACUGAUGCAGACACAUGCAAAACAUUCAGGGAAGAGCAAGGGUUUGAGAAACUCAUGGAAAUCCUCAGUAACACGGACUUCAGUGACCUUCAUGCUGGGACCCUACAGGUAGUUGCUAACUGCUUGAGUGACAGUGAGAGUUUACAGCUGAUCCACAAGGAUGGAGGACUGAAGAGGCUGAUGGAGUUCGUUCUCACCCCCCACACGCCUGACAUCCAGUCCAAUGCUGUGAAAUGCAUCACCAGGGUUGCUCAUAGCUCUGAGAAUCGCAAACUGCUCCAUGAACAGAAUGUGGAGAAGGUUCUGGUAGAGCUUCUGUCUGUCGCGGACAUCAGCGUGCAAACAGCAACCUGCCAGGCGGUGAGCGUCAUGAGCUUCCACCUCGCCAGCAAAGACUGCUUCAGAGACCUGGGUGGAAUCCCUGCAGUUGUACAGCUGUUGAGCAAUGAGAGUUUGGUGCUGAAAGAGGCAGCAGCAGAGGCCCUCUCUUACCUCACACAUAGCAACCAGCUCAACAUGUUUGCAGUGUAUGAGGCAGGAGGCCAUGAAGUCCUUGUCCAGCAGCUAAAUGGAAGCUGUCUCAGGACGUUGGCUAAUUCUGCUGCCACACUUGGCAACAUGGCAGCGCAGGAGGUCAUCCGCUGCAGUAUUCUGUCCCUAGGAGCCGUUAAAGCUCUGGUGGAGCCCCUGAACUCCACAGAUACACAACUGCUGGUCAACACCACGCGGUGCCUCGCAGUGCUGACCUGUGAUACAGAAGCCAGGGCAGAGCUGCAAAGUGCUGGAGGCCUUCACCCACUGGUCAAUCUUCUGCGUUCCUAUCACAAAGAAGUGUUGCACAAUGCAUGCUGGGCUAUCAGCGUCUGUGCCAGUGAUGGGCCUGCCGCUGUGGAGAUGUGCAAAUUUGGAGCCCUGGAAAUGCUACAGGAAAUCAACCAAUCAGUGAAUCGAAGGACCCGUUUCAGCGAGCUGGCUAUGAUCAGCCUGCUUAACUCCAACCUGUCCGCCAAAUACAGCCUGACCAGUCACUUAGCCUCCACUGACCUUAUAUGUGACGGCUUCUAUGACGCUGGGAAGGCUCGUGCAGGACAAAGGAUUCUGACUUUAGAGGAAAUGUCAAAGCAGCCGGUCAACGAGCACCGGCCCAUCAUUGUAGUCAACACAGCAGCAGAAGAGACAGUGGAGACAGAAGAGAGGCAGAGCAAUGCAUCAGAAACAGACACCAGCAGCAAGGCAGAGCGCAGGACCCCGAGGAAGAAGAAAGAGGAGGACAAACAGAAAGAUGAGCCCCUAUCCGAGAAACCGUGGAAGAUGAUGGACGACGUCUCGUUGCAGCUUCUCAUUAAAGAGGCCAAAGAAUCCAUCAUCCCUCUGACUGAUGAACGGGAGCAGUGUGCUGCCUUGGCAAGGCUGGUGAGUGAAGCCAUGGGAGGAGCAGUGGAGAUGGAAAGGUUGCAUGAAUAUCCGUGGUUGCUGCACCUCAGCGAGCUCAAGUUUCAGCUUCAGGCGAACGUCGUUCCCAUCGGCUUGAUCAGUAAGGGUAUCUACGGCCAUAGGGCUCUUCUCUUCAAGUGUCUGGCUGAUUGCAUUGGACUGAGCUGCACACUGGUCAGAGGGGAGUAUAACCGGGCAUGGAACGAGGUGCUGCUCUUCAACAGGAAGGAGCGCCCUGCACAGCCCUGCCGCUACACAGUAGACCUCAUGCACCAGCCUGGAAGCCUGCUGGCACCAAAUACACUUGCAGCUGUGCAAUACCAGACUAUAUAGCAAUAUAUUGAUUUGUAUUGUGUGUGUAUUUGUAGUUAAAUCUGACAAUAAAGUAUCAAAUGUUCA